AAGUUAACUUCGUUUCCGCACCGAGUGGAAGUGAAGUGGUAGAAUAGCCUAGAAUAGCGAAAGAAAGUGUUGCUGCUAAUUCCAUUUCAGUGACCCCUAAUUAUGAUGGAGGAAUUGAACAAACCAAUGGACGGAUCAGCAACCAGCUGGUUAUCCGAUUUGGAAAUGGAUGAUUACAAUUUAUUUCCAGAUGAAUGUCCCUUGAACUUGAACUUGUUUGAUGACCAAGAGUUUCUCUCACAAGACAUUGCUAGUGCCCUUCAAGAACAGACACAGACCUUGCAACAAUCUUUGUCUUCAGAGUGCCCUUCAAAAACUGUGAGCAACUCAUCCACCGAUGAAACCACUUUUGACUUUGAGAGACCAGCCAAGUUGCUGAAAACGACAACAAGCAGUAGUUGUUGUAACUCUGACUCAUCCACCAUCACCAAAAGCCUUUCACCCAAACUUUCCCCAUCGUCAUCUUUUUCCUCAUUUCAGUCUCAGAUUCUCUCCUUUGACAAUCCUAACCCAACCUCAUCUUCCAACACCACCACCCAGUUUUAUGGGUUUGACUGUACCUUAAACCCAACACAGAACGAGAUGGUGUCAGUGUCAGUCCCCAACUUGAGAAAACCACGGUUCCCAACUCAAACCGCAAAAGGUUCACCGAAAAAUCAAAACUUUGAAACAAAAACCUCACAUGGUAAGAGGUCUCCAGCUCAUGCUCAAGAUCACAUCAUGGCUGAAAGAAAACGAAGAGAGAAACUCAGCCAGAGCUUCAUUGCCCUUGCAGCUCUUGUUCCUGGCCUAAAGAAGAUGGACAAGGCUUCUGUGUUAGGGGACGCUAUCAAAUAUGUGAAAGAGCUUAAAGAGAGGUUAACAGUGCUUGAAGAGCAGAGCAAAAAAUCAAGGGCAGAGUCAGUAGUGGUUCUGAACAAGCCAGACCUCUCUGGCGAUGAUGAUUCUUCUUCAUGUGAUGAGAGCAUUGGUGCUGAUAGUGUCAGUGACUCACUGUUUGAAGUGGAAUCAAGAGUAUCAGGGAAGGAGAUGCUGCUCAGGAUCCACUGCCAGAAGCAAAAGGGUCUUUUGGUCAAAUUACUGGCCGAGAUUCAAAGCCAUCACUUAUUUGUUGCUAAUAGCAGUGUAUUACCCUUUGGUGAUUCUAUCCUUGACAUUACCAUAGUGGCUCAGAUGGGAGAAAGUUACAAUUUGACCACUAAGGAACUUGUCAAGAACCUACGCGUGGCUGCAUUGAAGAUAUUGUCAUAACAUGAACGUGGCUUGAGUAUGGAGGAUACCCUCAUGACAUAUGAUAUGGAUUGGAACUCUGAAUCACAUUUAAUGCGCCAGCCACCGAGUAAAUCACAACCAAAAUGGAAGCCUUGUUAUUAAUGUGUGAUUUUCGCUACAACCUGCAGUGUUCCCCAAUAUGUAGAUUCAGCUUGAUCCCAAGUGAUCUUGUCUUUUUCGUGUUAUGUUUUGGUUUCUCAGGCCUUCAGUGUGUGCCUGCUCGAGAGGGAAAAAUAAUUGAAUAAUUUUGUAAAGAUGUUAGGAAUAAUUUCAAUCUGACACGGCUUAAUUAACAUGAGCUUAAAUAGAGAUUAGAAGCUGGAUAAUGGUGACAUUGACAGUUUUUGAUGUACCAUUUGUUCUUUUGAACAUGUUUGAAGGAUGCAAAUCUCUCUAAUUUCUGGUUAUGCUUCCACUUUAAUUAUAAUAUUGGCCCCCAGCAUUUAUGUAAAUCACCUACUACUAUAAUGGGCUAAGCUUCUAUUUUUUGGGUGUA